CCGAAGUUGGAGUAACCUCUACGGGGACGUUAUUUAUGGUCACACUGGAAAAAAUUGGAAAUUAGCAGCGUUUAUCUGUUCAUUUACACAGUCACAGUACUUAUUGGUUGCAUGAGAGUUACAUGCACUAACAGCCGGACUUCUUGAGCAGUUCGGUGUCCGCCUGUUCACGGGCUCCUGAUGAAGGUGUGUAGGUAAUACUUUGAGAGCCCCCUAAGACGCCAUGUCUGAAGAGGCAAUUUCAGAGAGUGACCUGGAGGCUAGCCUUAACAGUGAAGAGGAAUACUUGGAAAAUGAAGAAGAAGAAGACAAUGAAGACACAGAGGAAGAUGAGGAUGAAAAUGACGGAGAUGAUGAAGAUGAUGAUGUCGACCGACCUGAGAGUGCCCAGAGUCGAACAGACAUGGCUCAGGAUGGCAGGGACUCCACCUCAGCUACCUCCGGAGAGCCUUCCUCUGAGCCUCCAUCUCAGCCUGCGUCCCGCCCGUCCUCCAGGACCCCCUCCAGACCCGCCUCUCGUUCUCAACCUCCAACCAGCCCAGAGAACUCAAGCCAGAGCAAGCCACCUUCCAGCAAAGCAAAGAAACAAAAAGCCUCUAAAUUAACAAAAUCCUCCAAGUCUUCAAAAGGCUCCAAACCUUCCAAGCCAUCUAAGCCUGCACACAUGAGGAAGAAUAUCAGAAAAUUACUGAAAGAUGAUCAGCUGGAGGCUGGAACCAAGGCUGCUCAGCAGGAGGAAAUGGAGAGGCGGAAACGUCUGGAGCAGCAGAGGAAGGACUUUCCUACACAAGCUCCGGCUGUUCCAGACUCUCAGCUAGUGGACCCUGCUUCAAUUUUAGGAGAAGUCUCUCACUUGGUCCCUGGUCUCCUGCGCAAACAGGAUGUGAUCUGUCUGGACAGCAGUGGUGAAGAAGAUGAAAAAGUGGAGCCUAAGUUGCCUGCACUUGGUAUUAGAGAUGAUGUAAUUGAGCUCAGUUCUGGGGACGAAGACGCCCUGCAGAUAAGCAGCGAGUCAGCUGAUGAGGAUGCUGAUGGUGCGCCCGGCUCAGAGGAGAGCAGCGGAGCUCACAUCAACGACGCUCUGAACCUGCCCGAUGCUCAGGGUCGAGUGCUGGUUAAUAUCAAUCACCCUGCAGAGGAGAAAGACAUUUUCCUCGCCCCGCAGCUGGCCAGAGCUGUGAAACCUCACCAGGUCGGGGGAAUCCGGUUUCUCUAUGAUAACCUCAUCGAGUCUCUGGAGCGAUAUAAGACCAGCAGUGGGUUUGGCUGCAUUCUUGCUCACAGCAUGGGGUUGGGCAAGACACUACAGGUUAUUUCCUUCAUUGACAUCCUGCUGAGGAAUACCGAGGCGCACACUGUGCUGGCCAUUGUCCCUGUGAACACACUACAGAACUGGCUGACAGAGUUUAACCUCUGGCUCCCACCUCAAGAGGCCCUUUCCCCUGACACCGACCCCACACUCGUCACUGGCCGCACAUUCAGAGUUCACAUUCUCAACGACGAGCACAAAACGACACCGGCCAGAGCCAAGGUUGUGGAGGAGUGGUCCAGAGACGGAGGCGUGUUGCUGAUGGGCUAUGAGAUGUACCGCCUGCUGUCCAUGAAGAAGAGCUUCGUGAUGGGAAAGAAGAGGAAAUCAAAGAAGCCUGCUGGGCCAAUCAUCAUUGACCUGGAUGAAGAAGAUAGACAGCAGGAACUCAUGAAAGGUAUUGAAAAGGCCAUAGCACGGCCUGGCCCAGAUGUGGUCAUCUGUGACGAGGGUCAUCGCAUUAAGAACUACCACGCCAGCACAUCCCAGGCCCUAAAGAACAUCCGCUCCCGGCGCAGGGUGGUUCUCACCGGUUAUCCACUGCAGAACAACCUUAUUGAAUACUGGUGCAUGGUGGACUUUGUUAGGCCCGACUUUCUAGGCACACGGCAGGAGUUCAGCAACAUGUUUGAGCGUCCCAUUCUGAACGGUCAGUGUGUGGACAGCACACCACAAGAUGUUCGCUUGAUGCGCUACCGCAGUCAUGUGCUGCACAGCCUGCUGGAGGGUUUUGUCCAGAGACGAGGUCAUGAUGUGCUGCGAGAUCAGCUUCCAUCCAAGGAGGAGCAUGUGAUCUUGGUACGGCUCUCUCCAGUUCAGAGGGCACUGUAUACCGAGUUCAUGAAGCGCUUUAGAGAAGCAGGGAACAACGGCUGGCUCGGUCUCAACCCACUCAAAGCUUUUUGUGUGUGCUGCAAGAUCUGGAAUCACCCUGACGUCCUCUAUGAAGCCCUGCAGAAGGAGAAUCAGGCCAACGAACAGGACCUAGACUUGGAUGACAUGACUUCGGCUAGCAACCCUCGCUGCCCUGCACCCAGUGCUGGCCUCAAAGCCAAAGUAGCAGACUCAAGCAACAGCAAAGUCAAUAGCACCCCCCUGCCGCCACUUAACUCCUCUCAGGAUAGAGCCAAUCAAGUCAUCACAUAUGAAUGGGCAAAGGAUAUAAUGUCAAACUACCAGACAGGAGUUCUGGAGAACUCUGCCAAGAUGGUUCUGCUUUUCCAUUUGAUUGAUGAGAGUGUGAUGAGAAGAGAUAAGAUUUUGGUCUUUAGCCAAAGCUUGUCCACCCUGACGGUCAUUGAGGAUUUCUUAUCAAAGAGACCCAUGCCGCAAGGCGUCGCCUCCACUGACAGCCAGAACCAAAACUGGGUUCGCAACCUCAAUUACUACAGACUGGAUGGGAGUACAUCAGCCUCAGAGAGGGAACGGCUUAUCAAUCAGUUUAAUGACCCAGAGAACAGCUCAACAUGGGUCUUCCUGCUUUCUACCAGAGCGGGCUGUUUGGGGGUAAAUCUGAUCGGGGCCAAUCGCGUUGUUGUGUUUGACGCAUCCUGGAACCCCUGUCAUGAUGCCCAAGCAGUGUGUAGGGUGUACCGGUAUGGUCAGAGGAAACCCUGUUACAUUUACCGCCUCAUCUGUGACUUUACGCUGAGAAGAAGAUCUAUGAGCAGACAGGUCUCCAAGCAGGGCAUGUCAGGUAAGGUGUGUGAUGAUCUCAACCCCACGUUGCUCAACUUCACUCGUAGGGAAGUGGGUCGCUGCCUUGCCACUGGUGGAGGAGGAACCCGAAGCAGAGAAAUCUCUCUGGAGUCUCGGGGGAAAUUUGAGGAAGUGAUAUUCCAAGCUUGUCAGCUUUACCCAACUUCAUCUCCAAGGUACAGCUGCAUGAAAGGUCAACCUUUCCAACACGAGUCGCUGUGGUGGGACGGAUGGAGUCAAAACUGACUCAAGAAGCAAGAGAAUGAGAGCCGCAAAGAAGAGCUACCGAAGGAUGAGAAACGAGCUUCUGUUCCCUAUUCUCGCCCAUCGUACGCCACUUAUUACCCAGCCAGUGAUCAUGCGCUCGCAAACAUACCAGCAUUUAACCAACGCGCCUGGCGCCCGAUGACACGGCCGGAUGACAAGCCCGUGGCAAGCGUCAGGCCCAUCCAGUCGACCCCAAUCCCCAUGAUGCCUCGCCAGGUUGGCAUGGGCAUGGCUGGUUCCAGCUCUGCGGGCAGCCUCCCUGUCAACUUCCUGCAGAAAGCCGGAGUUUAUGUGCAGAGGAUAGUCACCACAACGGAUAUUGUAAUCCCAGGAGCCAACAGCACGACAGAUGUUCAAGCUCGAAUCAGCGCAGGAGAGAGCAUCCACGUUAUCAGAGGAUCCAAAGGUACCUACAUCAGGACGAAGGAUGGAAGAAUUUUCGCUAUUCGAUCUGGAAGAUCAGCAGACCAGUAAUAGGAGUUCUGCUGCUCCGAGACAGACACCCAGGGUUCCCUGAUCCAUCCAGUCAGUAACGGCUGCUCGUCCCCCUUGGAUCAACAGCAGCGCUCCCCUAACGGCGAGCAGCGUCCCUCCUCUCCCUUAAGCUCUGAGAUUCUCAGAGAGCUCAGUCGCUACACUUCCUCCACAGGUGAUGCCACUGCUGGCAUGGGGAACGAGUUGCCGUCACCGUCGGACGUUUCAUCUGGGCCAGUGGGAGACGGAGGCAGUUCACAGAACUAUCAGGCUGGUGAUCUCAGCAGGCAGCUCGGCGAAGAUCUCCUGAACUCAGCGUUAGAGAUGCGAGGGAGUAAACGCAAGAGUACUGAAAGCCAGGGCAACACUCAGACGGGAGGCAAACGUCCUUCUGCUGCCAGUCAUUUCCCUGGGCUGUCCAUGGGCUCCAGUGGACUCAGCUUUCCUCCUGUGGGUCUGAACUCUUCCUCCCUUCUGGGGAGCCUCAGUCACAUGAGUCACCCACUGCUGAUGCCUGGAAGUGGUGGAUCAUCAUUCCUUCAAACACCAGGACAAACACUGGCUGACCUGCAGAGCAUGUUCCCCUCUGCAGGAGCAGACCUACUGAGACAACCUGCCACAGGAAACGGACACCUUCCCACCCCCUCCUCAUCCUCUCUGUCCACUGUUUUCUCCUCUGCUUCCACCACCAUUCCUAUGGCAUCUACGCCCUCAGCAGCAACCUCUUCCUCCUUAACGUCAGGUUCUCUGCCUCCGUACUUGAUGAACCCCAACAUGGCCGGCUUGCUCUCAUCAAGUUUCCCUCUCAACUACAGCCAGUCAUUGCUGUCUGAGCCGAGGAUGUUCCCCACCCCUCUCCUGCCAGGGUCAGGGGGAUUCUCCGCUCCUAACUCCAGCUCUACUACAUCCAGCUUCCUGUCCCAUUUCAACAAUCCAACAUCCAGCCUGUUAGGGGCAGCUCUGACCCAACCUGACAGACAUCCAAGUACCGAGAACGGUGGUGACAGUUCUGAUGACGACGUUAUCGAAGUGACAGGACAGUAGAGUUUCAAAAAGUCCCAGAGAGGCUCUGUUACAGUCAAUCCACCAUCUAAAGCACAUUGGGAAUGGG